GCAAAGGCUAGGAGCUGCAAAUGAUUGCGUUGAGUGGCUACAGGGCCACAAUAUAAAGAGAUAGCAGAGGAUCAGUGCAAUAGUGCUUUAGGUCUGGUUUGGCCUCAACCAAUCUGUCUGGGAAAUACAAUAUAGUUUGCCAUGGCUGUUGGGUGCAUUCUCAGAGUGUCUUGGUUUUGUUUGUUGCUGUUUGGUGGCAGUCUUCCUUUUCCAUCAAUGAAGGGUUACAGCUAUACCUCCAAGACUGACCAUCCUGAAAUUGGGGGUGAUAAAGAUGACGAGCUACAAACUUCUCAUACUCUGAUGUUUGAUGCAUAUAGCCAAGAAAAAGGAUAUUCAGACCGAAGCAAAAAAGUCCCACUAGCUGCAGCUCCAAAGCAGGCUCCGUUGAACCCCGAGGAAGGGGCGAGGAUCCAGGGAGGCAGAGCUGUGGAGUUUGGACAGAAAAAUGCUGAGAUGGAAGACCAGAAACUAGUCAAGCCAGUGACAUUCCCUCUAAACCCUCCCAACCAGCAUGAUUACUCUUUUGAGGAGCAGAGGGGCAGCACAAAGCCUCAGUUCCCUAAGCCUUCUACCAAACCAUCUUCAAAACUGGCAGGCUCUGACCUUAUCCCUCCUACUCCAUAUCUGUUGAUGGACGGUGGUGCAUUCAGUAGUGGUCCUACUUUGGAGUCUAAACAAGUGUCUAAAAGUGGCCGGUACAUUGGUCCUACCAAGAACCUCAACUUCCAGGCUGGUGAACAAGAGGGCUCACAAAUCAAUGCGGACCAGCCAAGAAGGUUGUCCUAUGUUACCUACAGGACCGAAAGAGGGAAGCCAGUAAUCUCCAUUAAUUCAGGUAACGUGGCCCCGGCAGCUCCAACCAUUAGUGCACAGACUCUGCAGGCUGACGCAGUAUCUAGAACUGACACUAAAGGGGGUUACUCUAGCUCUGCACUGUAUCUCGAUGUCCAGGCUGGUUCACAAAGCUACUCCCCUAACCUGGUCUAUGAGGAUGUUUUUCAAUACCCAGCUGCUGAAACUGCACAGCUUCCUUCAGAAGAGAGUGACCUCUCCGACUACAACUCUGUGAAUGUGGUCCAGCGGCCAAGCACUUGGUCUUCUGCUCCCUACAUGACUAGAGAAGAGGAGCCGGUUUACGUCAGUAAUUCAGGUAACGUGGCCCCGGCAGCGCAGACCAUUAGUGCACCGGCUCUGCAGGUUGAUGCAGUGUCUAGAACGGACACUAAAGGGGGUUACUCUAGCUCUUCACUGCACCGUGACCUCCCAGCUGGUGUACAAGAAGGUUCACAAAGCUAUUCCCCUAACCUGGUCUAUGAGGAUGUUUUUCAAUACCCUGCUGCUGAAACUGCACAUCUUCCUUCAGAAGAGAGUGACCUCUCCGACUACAACUCUGUGAAUGUGGUCCAGCGGCCAAGCACUUGGUCUUCUGCUCCCUACAUGACUAGAGAAGAGGAGCCGGUUUACGUCAGUAAUUCAGGUGACAGGGCCCAGGCAGCGCCGACCAUUAGCGAACAGCCUCUGGAGGCUGAAGCAGUACCUAGUACUGACACUAAAGGGGGUUACUCUAGCUCCUCACUGAACCUCAACUUCCAAGCUGGUGCACAAGAAGGUUCACAAAGCUAUUCCCCUAACCUUGUCGAUCAGGCUGUUUAUCAAUACCCAGCUGCUGAAGCUGAACAGCGUCAUUCAGAGGGGGUUGACGCCUCCAAGUAUGACUCUAUGAACGCCUUCCAGCCAAGCACUUGGUCCUCGGCUUCCUACAUGACCAAAGAAGAGCAGCCGGUAUUCUCCAGUCAUACAGGUGACUGGGCCCAUGUUGCUCCUGUGGAAACCCCUGCCUAUCCAAGCUAUGUGGCUGAUUUCGGCUUGGACUCUACUUCAAGUAAAGCCGCUGCACAACCAGUCCUCUUCAGGCCACUGAAGAAGGCUCCUCAGCUGUCCAGCUCCAAGUGGCUUCAGAGGCCGAAGAAGGCGAGGGACCAGACUGCAUCUACCUACAUUGUCCAAUCCAAGGGCUCACACCGCCGAAGCCGCCAGAUGUUAUCCAAAAAGAAGUACUUCAGCGGUUUCCCUCCACCGCCCCCAUUCGUGCUUAUGGCUCUGAGACCGUAAGGGGUAAAUGGUGACCACUUGGCCUUCAAUCAAUUUUUCCCACUUGCUUAUGGAUUUCUACAGACUAUACCUUCAGUAACACUUUCAGCAUAAAAGCUUGUUCCCUGUAAAGAAUAAACAAAAUGU